UUAAAGCGAGUAUGAGCGAGAUUGAUUAUGGCAACAAACUGAGCUGGGCCGUUGGCAAGAAGAGGGUUCUUUGCAUGGGCGUCAGCAACAUUGACUGUGUCUCCGUUGUUAACAACUUUCCGGAGGAGAAUGUCCAUGAGAAGGCCAUUUCUGGGUCUUGGCACCGUGGCGGCAGUGCCUCCAACAACUGUACAGUCCUCCGGAAUCUCGGUGUCAAUGUGGAGUUCUUUGGCAUGCUGAGCAGCCAGCCUAUAUUUCAAUUGCUCAUCGAAGACAUGACAAACCGAGGUAUUAUUGUGGAAAACUGUCCGAUGUGUGAUCUGGAUCCGCCUUUCGCCAAUGGGAUCAUGGCCAAAUCGAUGAAUACACGAACCCUGAUCAUUUGCAAUCGUGGUUUUCCCUAUGUCAGCAUUGAGGAUUUCCGGAAACUGAAUCUCAACAAUUAUGGUUGGAUUCAUAUGAGGGCUUUGUUCUUUGACACCAACAUUGAAGUGCUCAAGGACAUAGCUGCCUUUAAUGCCACCAAGGAGGAGGCGGAUGACAAGAUCCUGGUUUCCGUGGAGUUCGAUCACAGUCUAGAGAUAUUGUUCCCAAUGUUGGAUUACUGUGAUUAUGCCUUUUUCUCUAAACAGUUGGCCAUGGAGACUGGCUGGACGUCCAUGGAGAAUGCCUGCAGUCAGCUGGAUGAGCGUUUGCAAAUGCGUUGGGGUUUGAAUCUGAAGCGUCCGUAUGUGAUCAUAAUGUGGGGUGAUCAGGGCUCCGCGUUUAUGGAUCUCAAUGGGAAGUAUACACACUCGCCGCCCUACAAGCCCAAGCAGAUUGUGGAUCUACUGGGAACAGGUGAUACCUUUGUGGGUGCCUUCAUCUAUGCCAAGUACAUAAGGGACCGUUCUUUGAAAGUAUCCGUUGAUUUUGCAAAUCGCAUUGCCAGCUAUAAGAUUACCAAGAAUGGCUAUGAUCAUAUCGCAAAUAUCCUCUUGCCACCAAUUUUGUAAUUAAAAUUUUAUGUGACGCAACCGUAAAGCCUUA